UGCGUCUGAUGCAAAUAUUUGGAGGCACCGUUUAAUUCCGUGACAGAGGAUUCGGAGGACAAUAUUUCAACCCGUUUGUGUUUGAUGCAAUGUCCUAUCUGAACCCCCGGGGGAGAGAACUCGAGCGCUUUGAUGGACUUUCGCUCAUUUACUGGACACUGAUGGGUCCGUAUGGAGUAGAUCGAGCAGUGCAUUCUAUAGAUUUUACAGAUUGUGAAAAUGGAUUAGGAAUCAAAGUGAUUGGUGGUGUUAAAGAACAAACUGGAGAGGAAUAUGGAGUUUAUGUGAAGAGGAUCUUACCUGGUGGCCUUGCUUCCAGUGAUGGAAACCUAGAGCCUGGAGACCAAAUCCUGGAGGUAAAUGGUGAAAGCUUAGUUGGUGUGACAAGUGAAAGAGCGGUGGAUAUUCUUAGAGCAGCAUCCUCAACAAAUCACAUGCGCCUUCUGAUUGCCAGGGAUGAGGAAUCCAGGCAGGAAUUUGCAGAGCUUCUUGAAAAAUAUGGCUCAAACGGCAGCACGGGAUCUACCAGGAAUUCUCCCAUUCAGCAUAGCAGAUACUUGGACAGCACAUCUUCAGGGUCUUCAUCCAGAUCACAGAGUCCACUCUUGCUUAGUCCUGCAGGCUCUCAGAGUAAUUACAACAGUACAGGACCCUUGCUACGCUCCCUAAGUCACCCAGGUGAAGGAGUGAUUCAGCUCAUAUCAAUUGCCCGCUCCUCCAGUCUGGGUAUUGCCAUCGGAGGAGGCUCCAACAGACCUGACGGCCCUGCAGUUUUCAUCCAGGAAGUACUGUCUGGAGGAGAUUGCCAUCGGGAUGGAAGGCUCAGACCUGGAGAUCAGCUUAUUGCCAUUAACAAGGAGUCAUUGAUAGGUGUCACAUAUGAGGAUGCCAAAAGUGUGCUCAACAAAGUCAAAUUCAGUCAGGAGCCAGUGGUGGAUAUUGCCUUCAUCCCAGGGAAAGGCCCUUUCUCCAACAGCAUGUCAUUACAUAAUGGGGUUCAGAGGGCGGUUGGGAAUGGAUGCAACACCAGCCGGUUAAAAGUUCAUGUCCGAUCUCCUGAGGUGCAACGAGAGGAAACAACGGCAGUACUUUCAUCCUCUCCUGAUAUCUGUCCUCCAGACAUACAGGUUUCAGCUUCCAAUGCACAGAGACCAGCCGCUGUUUCCAAGCCCAAGAUCUCGCUGGACCCCCAUAUACGGCUCAAAGCAGAGAAGCUUGAUCUGGCUCUGUCGUAUCUGGGUCUGGAUGAUACAGAAGAGAAGAGACGGCAGCUCAGAGAGAGUCUCACUACAGACCCUCAGGGGACAGUGUCAUAUGGAGACUUUGUGGACGCCACACGCAAUGUUUAUCAAGAGAAGCUGGAGGAGGCGGGACUAGGACAAGGGCCCUUUAUGUUCUCCUAUCAGGAAGCAGCUAGCUUGAUGGACACUUCUGCCUUUCACUCCCCAACAUAUGAGUCAGAGUGCAGCUACAGCAGUGAGGAGCUGGAGGAGUUUCAGACGGAAGUCAAACAACUUCAGAUGCAAAUGAAACAACUCAAGGUGCUACUGAAAGACACAGAAGACAGUAAGAAGACUCUGGAGGAGGAACUGCAGAAGACAGCUGAGAAGGCCACAGCCACAGUGGAGGAGAAUAAGUCUCUGAAGAGUAAGCUGCAGGUUGCAGAGGCAGUUCAGAGGCAGACUAACAGUGCCGAGCAGGACUAUGAGGAGGUCAUUCAGCUGCUGGAGGCUGAAAUCAAAGAUCUGAAGAACCAGCUAUCCGGAAAGAAACAAAGAGGCCUGGAGGCUACCAAAGAAGAUGUGAUGGAACUGAACAGGAGACUCACUGCCAUUGACAGUCAGUUGAGAAAGUCUGAACUGACAAGAAAACACCUGGAGAUAUCCAACAAGAAGCUUAUAGGCUUUGCUCAGAAUGUCCAUAAAGUUCUCACCAACACUGGCUUAUUUGCAAUAGAAAGCGGGAGCAUGGGAGCAUCUCCAGCGACUGACAUCCCCGACACACCCUCCCCCAUCCCUGACCCUGCCUGCCAGCUCGCGGCUGAGGCCAAAGAGCUUGUGGAUGGUGUGUGUUCCCUUUGCACUGAGGAUCACUCAUUACCGCAGUAUGUAGAGGGAUGCAUUGCGAAGGCCAGAGAGGACUCUGAUUCAGACCUCGUUCACUGGCCACAGCCUCCCCUCAUCUGAGAUCCUGCUGUAGAGAGCAGACGUCAGUAGAGGAUCUGGGAUGGAAAGGAACUGAAUCUCAGAAGACGGAGUGAGGUUGAACUGAAAAAUACUGGGGAAAAAAAGAGACUGUAAAAUUUUCCCAUAUGGGUUUAAUUUCUUCAGUUCAUUGUUCAUCAACACAAGUGAUAUCGGAGGCCUGAGAAGACAGCUCUACUGAUCAAAAGAGUGUUUUUUUUUUAUUUAAAAAAAACACAGCAGUCCAUGUACAUAUAUGUACACUUGUAGCAUUACUCAGUGUCAUAAUGUAGAUUGAAAAUGAAAACAAACAAGCAAGAAAACCCCACCAUCCAUUAUAGAAGUGACUUUGAAAUGCUCAAGGGUAAUUUUGAUCAAUGUGCCAUGUGCAACAUUUACUGUAUUUCAGUAGAUUAAGUGGUUACAAUGCACAGUUAUAGAGAAGCUGCAAUAUUAAAAAGAGAAAGAGAGCUUUCUCUAUGAUGAUGUUUCAUCAUACAUUAUAUCUCCCCAUUAAAUAAUGUAAUGUAAACACAUGUGGCAGACCUCUCUAUUAGAGUUAGGUAAUAACAUGUUUUACAUUUCACUUAGGGAACUUGGGGCACAGUCCCCACUUUUCAUCAUUUGAUAUGAUGCUUAUUUGUAUUUGUUCUGAGAAGUGCUAUGAUGUUUUGAAGAUUUUAUAUUUUGAGUCCAAAUCUUUUAUUAUUGAGGACACAUGGACAUGCUUGCUUCAAAGUAUGUACACAGUUGCUGUUAUAAUCCUUGUAAUUCUUGCAGUUAAAUCCUCUGAUGUCCUCUUCGUGUCCUUGUUGUUUGUCAUUCUGUGCUCAGACACAUUUGAAGUACAGGUAGUCCAAUGUUAGCCAGCAUCCUUUUCCAUUACUAUCAGGUAUAGUCUGUUAAGUGCUUAGGAAAAUAAUACUUCAUAGCUUCUUUCUUUGAUGGACGGUAACUUUGGUCAUUUCAGAAGUGCAUCUUAGUUCUUGUGUCCUCAUGACUAUACUGAUUGUACUAGGAGAAUUUUGGUUGUCAUGGCAUCAUUGAGUAAUGGAGGUCAUAUUCAAAUACAUCCAUUCAGCUAAACAAAAAGUUCAGAUUACUGCUCUCAUAACCACACUGUAUUCAACUGUUUUAUUUUGGAAUAUAUUGUAGCAUCACUUCUCUCAGUGUGUAAUACGGACGGUGGUAACAUUCAUUUCCUGAGAAUAAAGGUGGAACCGUUUGUAACAAUAAUUGUAAAGUUAUGCAGGUUAGAAAAUAUAAAUAACAGCACAUGCUCUAAAAAUGCUGACCUGUAGUCCUGUGAUUUUACUAGAUUGCAUCAUAUGUGUGGCCUAAAUAUCUUUCUUUUAAUGUUUUUAUUAAA